UAUAAAUUGAUAACUGCAUGCCUCUUUCCUAACGCGUUCAUUCGUGUCCAUUUCCGAGGUCGCUUCGUUGACCAUCACUGGCCCAGGUUUGUCGUCUUAAGCCACAUCCAAAUGAAAUAGGUCCCAUUAGAAGCUUUUACGGGCUCGUAGCCCUGCACCUCAGCUCCUCCGCCCUGCAUCUCCGCGCUCAUCGGCACUAUGGCUCAGCGGGCCAAGUACUAUGCAAUCGACGUGGAGGCGGUGGCGACCGGCACCGACCAUAAUGCUCGCUCCGUGGCUCAAAUAUCCGUUGUGGACGAGUACAUGCGAGUGCUGCUGAACGCCUACGUCAAGCCCGACAAGCCAGUGGUGUCCUACCUGACGCCCCUCACCGGCCUCACAGCCGAGGUCCUGGAGAGACACGGCGUGCCGCUGGCACAGGCGGUGGGCCAGGUCCGGCUGCUGCUGCCGCGCGACGCGGUGCUUGUGGGGCAGAACAUCGGCGCUGACGUGGCGUGGCUGGGGCUGGCGGAGGGGCGCGACUUCGAGGGCAUGAUGGACCUACAGGGCCUGUUCCGGGUGUGGAACGACAAGUUCCGCAGCUGGAGUGUGUUCGCGCAGGGCCACCUGGCCAAGGUGCUGCUGGCGUGGCCCGACCCCACAGGGGCCAACGAGCACGACGCAGUGGAGGACGCCCGCAAGUCCAUGGCGCUGUUCAACCACCACCGCCACGUGCUCACGCCCAACCCGCAGGCCAUGGCGGCUGCGCACGCCGCGCUGCUGUCGGUUCCGCCGCCGCCCUCGUUCGCCAAGCGCAACGCCAGCUACGAGGGCGUGUGCAUGGGCAACCGCAAGACGUGCACGUGCGGCGCCCCCUUCUUCGGGUGAUGGCCCACGGUGGCCGCAUGUGUUGAUUGAUGCUGGGAAAGCACAAGGGAUAGGACCCUACCCACAGUACUGAUUUGUGGGUUAGGAGCACAAGGAAACAACACGCGCAUUCUGUGUGUGUGUUGUGUGUUGUGUGGCGUACGGGUGCCGCGACGCUGUGCGGGUGCAAGUGGGACGCCUGGCAUGGUUGGGAAGGAUUGGGAAACGCGGCAAGGGUUCCCCAGAGCUAGGAGCCCGGGACUCUCGUCAGGCAGACAGGCGCCUGGUGGCGUGUUGGGGCGUGUCGUGUCAUGUCGGACGCAGCGCUCUGAUUGGUCACUGGCGGCAUGGCGCGUUGCUGAUUGACGGGGGCGUGAGUCCUGGUGGGAAAGGGGCUGAGGGUUGACACGUACAAACGAACGAGGUAUCGGACCAAGCCGCAGCCCACGGCGCCGGCGGGUGGCGGCACGCCCGGUGCAACGGGGGCUGUGGGUUUGGAUUUCGGGAUUCGGAUGUGAGAACAGAGAACGUAUGUGGGUGUCAAGACUAAAAGAGAAAUAUGCAUCAUGCAUGGUGGUGCAUGGCUGCAAUGCGUGUGGGCGUGUGGGCGGGCCUCUGUGUGGGCGUGGGUGUGGGCUGCUGUACUGCCACUGUUGAUGCGCUCGCAUUGUUGGUGCGCUCGCAUGUGCUUGCAGGACUCGAGUAUCAACGGGAGCGAUAAGCGGGAAGCAAUGGCCGUUGCAAAGAUCUUAUCACCAGGACAUUACAAUCUCAUCAGGCGUCAUGUAAGCACCUGCUCCG